AUGGCGGGCCGAUGGAAUGAGCUGUGGCCUUCAAGCCUGAUAUUGUUGGCUGCCAUCACGACCUGCCUUUACUCUCAGAGCGUGUCCGCCGAGGAUGAAUCCCCCUUUCGCAUUUGUGUGUCCAAGCUCCUGCCUAUUGUGGAUUGCGACCCCUCCGAAGACCAGAAAACCUACACCGGUUACCACAUUCACCUGGUCAGGAAAGUGAUGGAGCGCCUGGACAUAAAGAACUACACGCUGGACUGCAGGAAAUUUGAACCUAUUCUGGAUGACCUCAUGAACGAUGACAACAGCACCUGCGACAUGGUGGCUUCAGCGAUCACACGGUCGACGGAAAGGCAGGACCUUGGGAUCCUGUUCACGUACCCAACCUACCGAUCCACCUUGGGAAUAAUGUCGCUUGCUUGGGUGAAUGAAGGGUCCAACUGGGGAUUCCUGAGGCCCCUGCACUGGAGCGUGUGGGUGGCAAUGAUUGUAACCUCGAUCGCCGUGCCGUGGCUGGUGUUCGUGAUAGAGAGUUUGGCCUGCCACGGCUUCGUGCACAAGAAGGACUGGAUGAGGGGCCUCAGGGACGCCACGUACCACAGCUUUGCGGCCCUGCUCAACUUCGGCCAUUUCAGGGUGCGCUCAACGGCCGCCAGGGUUGUGGUCCUGGCCUACGCUUUCACGGUCCUCAUCAUCAUCAACACCUACGUCGCCAAUCUGGCGGCGUUCCUGACGAUUACGCAGGUGGACACGUUGAUCAAUGAUCUGGGGGAUCUGAGCGAUCUUCCUGCCAAACGGGUGGCGACCGUACAAGUCUACGAGGAAAGGCUGAAGGGGCUGGGAAUAACGCCAGAAAUCUUGCCGCAGGUCGAGGAUUACCAAGCCGCGAUGAUUGAGGGCGUGAGGGCAGGGGAAUACAAGGCCAUCGUUAUGGACGAACCGUGGGUUUCCUUCACUGCCAACACUGGCGGCUGCGACCUGAAGAUGUUACCGCAGACUUUUGAAUAUUUCGACUAUGCUUUCGCAUUCCCCAAGACUAGCGAUCAUUCCUUGGUGAAUAAUGUGUCAAAUCAGGUGCUGGAGCUGCAGGAAAAUGGGGUUAUGUACGAUCUCGCUCGCAAGCACAUCUUCGCCCAAAGGUCGAAUUGCUCAGCGGACAGCGUAUUCAGCGAGAAGAGGUCCGUGAGCUUCGGCCAGGUUGCAGGCCUCUGGAUUGUGAUGGCAGUCGCGGUUCUAAUCUCAGUCAUUCUUUUGCUUUGCUCCAUGGUGUUUGGAGUCACUAUGGGCGGCAGAGCUCCACAUGAUUUGGAAGGAGGCAGCAGCACCUUCCCCCAACAGGUGCGUGCGCCAAAGCGCACGCCCACAGCGUACCACAGACAUGCCACGGGGGACCUGGAGUCCGGCGGCGGCCCGCUGUGCAACGCUGUGAGGAUGGAAAUCAGGGACCAGAUGCGCUCAAUGAGCCUGGAUGUGAUUCAGCUCUUUAAAGAAGGGAUGUGCGAAUGGCGCAGAGAAUACCCCGCAUCAACUGAAUGCUUGGAUAGACCCAUCUCGGUAUACAGACCGAGGGAGACUACGGAGUGA